UCAGUGCUGAAAAUAUAUUAAAUUUUAAUAAAUUUGAUUAAUAAACAUAUUGUUGCGUCCACAUUAUGGCAAAAGAACUGAAUUCAUGUCGAAAUGAAUGGCGCAAAUUGUUCAAAAAAAUGCGAAGAAAGAGAAUUAGACAAAAGUUGGCCAAGGAGCGAGAUCAGAAAGCAUCAGAAGCCGAGGCACUGAAGCUCGCCGAUCCAAACUAUGUUGCGUACCUUCAAGAUAAAGAGCGGUUAGAACUGUUAUCGCAACAACACCAGGAAGAGCGAAGUCGAUACGAAAACGCACUCUGGAUGGAUCGCGAAAAGGAGUUUCAGAUGGCAUUUAAAGAGAAACAGAAACAGCUGGAAGCUGAAGAAAAACGGGAACAAGAGAAACGGAGUCGGAUUCGAAAGGAGUUUGAGGAGCAGACACAAAAGGCCAACGCAAUAAAGGCUGAAAAGGAGCGUCUCUUGAUGGAGUUCCAAAAACAGCAACAAGAGCGGGAGCGAAUGCUGGCCGAAUUUCUAAUAGGUAUUGACGAUCAUCUUGCUAGUCUGUGCGAUACAGUACAUUCGAGAGCUGGAGCAAAUCCUUGUUUAUUUUUCACAAAAAUUGGAUCUUGCCGUUAUGGGCUGCGAUGUUCCUCUGACCAUCCCACUCCUGGUUUAAGUGAACUCUUGGUGAUACCAAAUUUCUUCGCUCAUCCUGCUUUAGAUGAUCACGAGCAUCCAGAGUAUGGAAAUGAUUUGGGCAUAGAGUUCGAUGAGGACGAAUUGAAUCGAUGCUACCGGGAAUUUUUCUUUGAUAUCAUAGAAGAAUUUGAGCAAUUCGGUACUAUUGUAAUAAUUUUAGCAUGUCGCAAUUUCGAACCUCAUCUGAAAGGAAACGUUUUUAUUCAGUAUAGCGAUAAGAGGUCAGCAGCGAGAGCUUUCCAAAGAAUGAAUGGUCGAUUUUAUGCAUCCAAGCAACUGCACCUUGAAUUUCGUUCGCCAAUAGUUUGGACAUCUGCUGUUUGUGGUAAAUGGAGUUAAAACAAACGUUUCAAAUUAAGACAUUUGCUACUACUCAGACACUUCCUAACCGGACGUUACAUAUUUGCCUUUCAUAGGGCUGUUUGAACAAUCGCGAUGCCAGAAAGGGAAGAUUUGCAAUUAUUUGCAUUUGAUGGUCAAUCCGGUCAGUAAAUAUCAUUAUAAUCAUUUGAAGGAGUUGCAAUC